CUUAGAUAGAUCAUUGUAAUCAACAAUUGUCUUGCACGGCGACCGUCCAAUCCUCUCUUACAAACGCUGAGCACAUAUCCGAGGUGUAAGCCCAUCCGCAUCAGGAUCUCGGAAUCCGUGCCGGCACUUUUGGUGCCGUUAGCUUGGUUUGUUCCUUCCAAACAUAGCAGGCAGAGCCUUUUUUUGCGCCUUUCCCUUUCUUCCAUUCCAGAUUUGAAUCUCGUCGUUCCCAGAUCUCUCUCCAGCCCAUUGUUUCCAAGAACUCGGUGACGCACGCGCACUGCUUCUGCUCGGGAGGGACGCCGUUUGCGUAUGUUCUCGAGAGAGUUUGGAAGGAUCGCCGACGAACUUGCCAAGUUUUGCCCAAGUAACAACCGCGUUCCAGAUCUGCAAAGAAUCCAGUCCUGAUACGGACAGACUUCUGCACGGGAGACACGUCUCGAAAUCAAGAUUGAAUCAGCAUCCAAACUAUCACACACCUCAUCUCUGCUCUCGGGCAGUCAUCCGGAGUCAGCCACCGCCCAAAAUGGACUUAGCUCGAUGGCGUAUCCCUCUUAAGCAUGGAAUCCGACAACUUAUGAUUCGAUCUUCUCCCUCUCGACAUCAGUCACCCACGUCGCGCAGUGCAGUGCCUCGCUGGGCUCCAUAUAAACCACACACCUUACGCUCUCACUCCACCAUUCCGAUGCCGGGCACUCUUGUGAGACUCAAAUCCCUCUGCGACGCGUCCGACACGCUCUCUGAUUCCAUUCUCGAAAAGGAUACCAUGUCUGCAUACCUGAACUAUCCCGAGGACGACCAGCUCAUGGCAGUAUCGAGCUCGGACGACCUCCUUUUCGAUUUCGAUGGCGACUUCCCUCCACCAGGCUCCGUUGGCUACGACUCGACGGGCGAGGAAGUACUGGAGUACAAGCCAUUUUUCGAGGAGCACGAUCUCGACCUCCACACUGCUCAGCCAUCGAUGCUAUAUCAGACAGGAAACACCAUGUACUAUGGCCUCCCCGGACUUACCUUGCCGAAGUCCUCGUUAGGAUUCGGAGCAGAUAGUCCCUACUUGGGCCAAUGGGCGCGGCCCGGUAGCGAGAUCGACACAUCACCCAUUCCGUCUCCGUCCUCCCCGAUCCCAAUUCCCUCGUCGGGACCGCAGUCGCCAUCGUUCAUUUCGUACAGCAGCCAUGGGCUGUCGCCGAUGGACACCCAUAUGCGCACGCCCUUCUCACCGUCAGCACUGGUAGCUGCGCUGCCACGGUCUUACUCACCUGCAUCGUCAUUCGAGGAACAUGCAUCUGACUUCGCGGUUCCGCGGAACCAUACGCUGGGUGACUCCAUCUCACCACACGACACCCAGCGGCCGGCAUGGGCUUCUCAGCUGUGGGAUACACAUGCUCCAGGAUCCCCACCACGCGCUGGACAUCAUCGGACUCUGUCAUCGCCGCGGUCAUCUUCACGGCAUUCGCCGCUGACGUUCACGACGGACCGCGUGCGGCGCAACUCGCAGUCGAGUCUGGCGUUCCCAGGAUCCAGUAGUGCACCGUCGGCGGGGCCCAACGGCAUCAACAUCCUCCGGUCGUACAGUCGCCGGGCCGAGUCUCUAACGCCGCUCGACAUCGAGGAUCGUGAUGCCACUGUGCGACGGCGGAAACGAGUGAUUCCCUCGGAGGAUAGCGACCAGGGCGGUGCAGUUGAUUCGAACGCUCCCCAGAAAUCUCUGCUCCGACCUCCCAAGUUGGCGCCAUCUGCCUGGCAGCUUUAUUUCACCGACUGGAUCCAACGACAGCAGGCUUCAAGCCACCGAAAGCUCAAUGUGGCCCAAGCGGCAAAGGAAGCCGGACAAGAUUAUGCCGGAUUGAGCGAAGAGGAGAAGGAGCCCUACAAGCAGCGCUCGCAGGCAGCCAAAGAUCUGCGGGAGCGGGAGCAUAGUGCUUACUUGCGCUCGCUGACCCCGGAUGAUAUCAAGCGCGAGAACGCGUUCCGUUCCGCCCAGCGCAAGGCCGGCAAGUCACGGAAGAGUAACAUUAAGGACCCGAAUGCGCCGAAGAAGCCUCUGAGCGCGUAUUUCAUGUUCCUCCAACGUAUCCGGGCCGAUCCUACUCUUGUCCGAGAAGUUUUUGGAGAAGAGACGGAGACGACCAAGCAGAGUAUAUUGGCUGCUGCCUGGUGGAGGGCCAUGUCUGAUGACGAGAAGAAGCCCUUCCUUGCCCAGGCUGAACAAGAAAAGAUGGAAUAUGAAGCUGCUCGUCGUCUAUACGAGGAAGGCGCGACCAACUUCGGAUCCAGCAUGUCCAGCAUCAACUUCAGCUUCCUGCCGUUGUCGAGCAGUCCCGCUUUCCCUUCGAUUAAACUGGAGUCGGAAAGCGAGGGUGAGGCGACCCACAGCGGGCGCGUCUUCCGCUCGUGAAGCUUGCGCCAUUAGUCUUUCGUUUCCCGCUUUCUUUCGACCUAUGCCCAUGCAGUCCUUUCUUACGACCCAUUGAUGACUUUCUCGACGCUCAUGCCCUAUAUUCGUGGCAUAUUUAUCCUCUCUGGACACCGCCGUGUAUACUAACUAUACUACCUCCGUGUAUUGCUAGACUUUGUUCUCUCCACUCCUAGUAGGUAGAUUCACUAGUGACAUACUGACUGCUCUAUACCUGAUAUGCUCCGGCUGUACGUACGAUACCACGUGCUUAUGAAUGCAGCUAAUCUCCUGUGAUCCGCUCGUUAUUCGCUAGAACAUCGCAUUUGCGCCAAUCCCGUGCAACUUUCCUUUUCUGGAUUCUUGGCGGCAAGUACCGCAGUCUCUGCCAGUAGAAGCCCUUCAUACAGGAAAUACGGCUCGAAGGGCGCGACAGAUUCAGAGAUCGAGAGGCGUGGGUCGAGCAGGAGAAGAGAGUGUUCCUCGGUUGCAUUAGCUCAGGAGA